AUCCGUAGGCAGCAGAGUUUGGGGUUUUUGGGGUUCAGUUCUGUGCUCGAUUUCCGCUUCACCGGUAGAGUAGUGUCUAGAGGGAGACCGUCUCCAACAAUAAUCUCCACUUCAUCAAUUUCUCUGAAUCUCACUUCAAUUAAAUCAAUCAGUGUCGAGGAUGGCUUCCCCGAGUAUGGUUCUGUACUACGAUGAGGUUAGUCCACCGGUGCGUGGCGUCCUACUGACCAUUGCAGCACUGGGUGUAAGGGAUCGGAUAAAGUUUGAGUACAUCAAUCUGUUCGCUGCUGGCCAUCUGAGUGCUGACUUUAUAAAGAUUAAUCCACUGCAUACGAUCCCGGUGCUGCGUCACGGUGAUUUGACGCUCAUCGAUAGUCACGCCAUUUUGAUGUACCUGUGCGAUACCUUUGCAUCGGAGGAUGGUGCUGCUGCAUUUGCCAUACGCGACACCCUAACGCGAGCGAAGGUGUUCAACAUGCUGUGCUUCAACAACGGUCAUCUGUUCCAGCGUGAUGCCGAGCUUAUGCGUAAAAUAUUCAGCGGUGAAAUAACCGAUCCCUCAGGCCAUCUAAAACCGAUCGAGGAGACGAUCGACGCAUUGGAACACUUCCUGAAGCAAUCUCGCUACACCGCACUGGAUCGUCUUUCGGUGGCCGAUUUCGCUAUAGUCAGUACGCUCAGCACGCUCGAUCUACUUGUGCCGGUGAAAGCCGAUCGAUGGCCGCGCGUUUACGAGUGGUUCGUGGAGAUGCAAUCACUGCCCUACUACCAAGAGCACAACCGUGUUGGGUUGGAGCGGUUGCGCGAAAAAUUAAGCUCCAGGAUCAAGAUCUAGGUCGAUUUAUGGGGCGGGAGGGGGGGCGGUUUUCGUUUUCCACGGUUUCUUUAUUGUGCAUGCAGUUGAGGUGGAAUCGGUGUAGGAGCUAUAGAAUCUCUCUCAACCCGCGUUAGUCUACCACAGUUCCGCUUGCAUUGCAUUUUUCUGUGGGAAUAAAGUCGGAAAGCUUACACUCUACAGAGUAUAUUCGUUCGAUGGAGCAUAACGUAUGUGUGUAGCGUCUUGCUUAGUUGGGCUUUGCCGGGGUUUCAGGACAGGAGGAAUCAUAUAUUCAUCUCAACAACAUCUACCUGCCCAAAGACGAUCCAUAGUUGCGAUUGGUACACAAUUUCCUUUAUGGGUUCUUUUCUGUUAGCAAAUAGAAGAGAUCUAACACUGGUGACUAACAACACAUCUUUCUACUUAUUUGCAUUUGUAAUAUCUUGAUUUUGUGUCGGGCGGCAUUUCGUACACGUGUAAACGUAAAACAUUUAAAGCACUUUCCACAAAAAGGUUAA